AUGCAUUUUGCUGUCCUGGAGUGUUACAUUGUCCCUGUUACUGCUUGUCCUCUUGGAUUUUGUCAACCAUCGGUUUUUACAGUCAGAAAAGCUAUUGUAGAGGCACCCAACUAUUCAUGGAAUGAUAAGAGGUCUCGUCAAGGGAGAGAAUCAUCAAUUCUUACAAGAUGAUGUUUAAGCCCUUUAAGUGGGGAUGGUGGUGCACCAGGGGCUCUUUUGAGAAAGUUACACCUGUACAAUAUUGAGAGAAUGGACAACACGUCUCUCUGUUGUGCAUUGUCAGCGUGCCCUUCUCUCCUUGCUCUGGAAAUUGUUGGAAUUCAUGUUGAGCUGAGGCAAACAUUAAUGUCAGUAAGUGCUAACUGUCACUUAAUUGAGCGUUUGUUUUUCGAGUCUUCCAGAACAGGUAGAGAUGACAGCUUGAAAACACAAACCUGUUCCGAGCUAGUAAACAAUUGUCCUCAUCUAACUUCUUUAUCUCUUCGAGGGUUUAAGCUACAUGAUUGUAAAGUUCGUAUACUUGUUAAGGGAUUUCGGAAACUGCAAUAUGUUGAUUUUUCAUCAUCAUAUUCAAUCACAGGAAGUUUCUUGAAGAACCUUGGAGGCUGCAAUGGUGGGAAUUUCCUCGAGGUCUUAAUUUUAAGGGAUUGCAUGCAUCUCAAAGAGAUCGAAGUUGCCAGGUUGUUGAUAGCGGUUCUUGAAGGAGAAUUCAAAUUGCUUAAACAUCUUGACAUAUCCAAUAGGGAAGGCUUAGCAUGUGAAGCUGACUGGUAUCGCAGGUGCUACAACUCUACUAUUAUGCCUAUAAAGCAGGUUUUGGAAGCAAGGCCUGGUAUGCGUGUGGUGGCGGAAUAUCCAUCAGAAGGAAGCUACGUCUAGACAUGUGAUACUGACAUGAAUAGUGAUAUAAGUCUGUUAUCACAAUUUAGCAACCACACGUCAGAUGGAUCAAUUUUUAUGAGUACAUCUGAAAGCAGCUACUACAGCGAUCAUGUUAGUGGCAAUGAGGAAGGACAAGAUGCGGUGAUUUACGGGGAAAGUUCAGAUGAGGAGAACAAUCUGAACCUGUAACCAAUUUUCAUGGGAGCAGUAGGGGAAGAAGGAUAUAUGCGGAAGAAGGAUGUGUCGGUCACCAGGAUCAAUGUCAACUGCGGACCUUGGAUCUUCUCAACUUUAAUUUUGCACUUCACCGACUCUCUUGAGUUCAUCAUUGUGGAGUUUGUAGCAAUUUUGUUAUUGCUCUUGAAUUCCAUAUUUGCAAAAU